GUAAUGACACAACCUCGCAACGAGUAUCACCGCAAGUGGAAGACCCGGAGAUGCUAGACAGAAAAAAAAAUAGAACACAUAGGCGUGAAAGGAAUAAAGGUCGGUUCAACUUCAAUCAAAGAACACCUCAAAUCUUGCAUGUUGAAUCAAUAUAUAAGAAUCAUGCAUUGGAGGCCAUAAUUCACAAGAAGGAAGCAAGAAUUCCCAAGCACACACAUCAAAUUUUUGACAACGAAGUCACAAAUGUUGUUGCACUUUCCGAGGUUCAAGUCAAAGAUGAGGUCAUUAACGAGGCUAUCAAUGAAGGAAUAAUCGA